CGAGGUUUAGCGUAAAAUAUGAUUAAAUAACAAUGUCUGAGCCACAAAACUCCAACAACUCGUCUUCGAGAAAAGAAGCAAGCCUUUCAACGCCCGGCAUUUUGAUAUCUGAGACCGAUGAAAGGUUUUUUCAGUCCCUGUACGAGUUUAUCGAACAUGAGAAACGGUACCUGCGGGUUCCAGAGGACGGUCCGGACGAACUCCGGUACUUUAUCUACCGCUCCGUGUUUAAUAAGGUGAUUGCACGUGCGACGGCCUAUAAGAGACUGCUGUUGACCAUAAAGGCUGAGUACGACGAUGCCAUCAGGGAGAUGAAGAGGAGGCAGGAUGAAGCCAGAGCGGCUCAGCGAACUCUGGCGGCCACCACAUCACAUCCAAAAUCCCUGAUAACCUGCCAGAGGCGGGCUGACCAGCUGAGAGACAGAAUCUCUGACCUUCAGAGGGAAACGGCAAAAUUUCAAGAGGAGAUCAAGAGACGAAAAUCAUCUAAAGAGCAGAGCACAUGGAUACCUGGUAUGACGGUGGCUGAGUCUGAGGAUCCUGACGCUCUGGACGGGCACCUGAAGCAUCUCGAAGCCCAGAGAGCUGCUUUACUGAACAGGAAGAGCCACUGUGUCUCCCUGGAGGUCAAAGCCGAGCUGGACGCCGAGCUGCAGACCGCCGAGUGCCGCAGAGACCAGCUGAGCACCGAGAACAACCGACUGAAAGUCCUAUACAAGCGUCUGAAGUUUGUGUGUGACCGUCUGUCCAGCUGGGAGGAGGAGGGGCAGCAGGUUCCCCUGGAGGAACUCCUGGGUUCCACUGUGGAGAACGUCAGACAGACCAGCGUGACGGACGAUGACAGCCGCAGCAUCGACGCCGAACUGUUUGAGCAAGAAGAGCCGAGCGGAGUUGACGAGUCCAAACUCCUAACGGAUUACCUGGACAGGUUUAUUCAGCUCUUUCAUUCGGCUCAGUAUGAGGAAGCUGCUCUCCUCGCUGCCAGAUCUCCUCGAGGAGUCCUGAGGAACCUCGACACCAUGGAGAUGUUUAAGGGUGUGAAGGCCCCCCCGGGGUCGGUCCCCCCUCUCCUGCUCUUCUUCCAGGCCCUGCUGUUCACCGCGCCGUCCGGGGCUCGGCUGUCGGCUCCUCUCUCGCUGCAGUGCGUCCUCUUUGCCCUGCAGCGUGGCGCCUCACGGCUUGUCGCCCACGCCGUCACCCAGAACAAACUGACCUGCUCUGAGCGCCUGGGCGACACCCUUACUGAGCACGCUCGGCAGAACCCCAGCGUGGCCGACCUGUGUUUGGCGUUGGCCGCCGUCGUCUACGAGGCCUGCGGGCUGGACAGGAAGACCGCGCUGAGCAUGUGCAGGAGAGGCCUCAUCCACAGUGCCGCCGAGUUCAUGAACCACUGCAAGGACCUGACAGCCGAGGACUGUAUUUGGGUUCUGUGUCGCUCGCCCAGCCUCUCCCUCCUCCAGCUGUUGACGGAGCCUCAGCGGGGCCGGGCGGCCAUCUUGUCAGUGGGCGGGGCCUGCUCCACUCUGCUGGUUGACCCUCAGCGGCGGGAUUUAGCGCUGCAGCUCCUGGACGGCUUCGUAAGCCGAGGACCAGGGGUUUUGGAGGACGUGAUCCUGGAGGACAGAGACUCUUCAGUGGAUGUUUGGAUCGAUGUUGCGUCUCUGUGCUCUGAAAUGAACCGUGCCGACCUGAACCGGGCCAUCCUGUCCAUCCUGCUCGACCAGGGCGGGACCAGAGUCCUGUCCCCAGACCUGGAGGGGGCCCGACUCAUGGAACACGUCUUCCUGUGAAAACUGACCCUGAAAGUUCCCCCACAGGUAGAAUAAUUGCAGCAGAAUGACCCCAAACAACUGCUAUUAACCUGUUUCUUCUUCUUCUUCACACAACUUAUGGU